AUGUCCUCCUCCUCCGAGAACGACGAACUCACCUUCUCUCUCUCUCCGUCCUCCUCCUCGUCCUUUUCUUUUCGCGAGGAAGAGGAGACGAAGAAGAACUUCGCGUCGCCGACGACGACUUUAACUCCUGAAGAAGAAGAAGAAGAAGAAGAAGAAGAAGAAGAAGAAGAAGAAAAGGAAACGAUGGAAGCGCGAGUGAAACGGCUCGAAUUCUUGAUGCUGGAAUCUCAAAAGGAAAACAGAUCGCUUCGCAUGCGCGUGGAACAGUUGGAAAAGGAGGAAAAGAGCGACGAGGAGAGGACGACGAAGGAGCAAAAGGACCUGCUCGAACUGUUUUCGACGCGACUGGCGAACGUGAAAGAGACUUUGCGAGAGGAGACGAAACGAGCGAUGGACGCAGCAGUUGGUGCGAACGCGAAAGUUGUGAAGUUGUUAGAGACGCUCGAGGCGUGCGAGACCGAGGAUGGGGUUGUUUUGUACCACCGGGACGUUAGCGGUACGGGCGGCGGCGGAGGCGAGAGGAUUGACCACAAAAGUCGAGGCGAAGAAGAGGACGAAGAGGAAAGGAAGAAGAAGAGGAAUGAAUACGUGAAGGAGGCGUUGGAUCAGAUUGCCGAGGAGGUUGGAUACGAAGACGCGAUGGUUUUGGCCGCGCGUGGGGGAGGGAGUGGAACAGGGUUCGCGUCGACAGUCUCCUCGAAGAGGAACGGGAAGUAUCGGUGGGUAAAAAUACUCUUCGCCAUACUCACCAAAGCCCUCCAACUUUGGGUAUGGAUGUGGAUUUUAAUCGUCGCGGCGGUUCUCGCGGACGAUAUAACGCUCAGGGAGAACGUGAGUGGAGACUUUUGGGCGAAGUUUCCGUGGGUGUCGAAAGGGCUCGUAACCAACAACUUCGUAGGUCUCGCUUCGCUUUGA